AUGUUAGGUGGAUCUGUAGGUAAUAGUAAUAGUGGAGGAAUAGUGGGGACCAACUUACUGGCCAAUUACUUCUUAUUGAAGACCGAGAAUAUAGAACCAUUAGUCGAACUAACACACCAGUUGAACCAACAAGUACAACAGAAUGAGAAGAGGUUAAGUCAAUUGAACUACGUGAUAGACCAUAAGUUGAAGUUUCCAACUGUCGGUAAAGAUGAUGGUAAAAAUAGCGAGGGAAUAAUAUCAAAAGAAGAAGCUCAGGUAGAGAACGAUAGCACGGGAGAUUCUAACGUUGAUACUUUGCGAUACUUAUUAGUUAAGAAGUACCACUUACCACAGGAUACAGAGAAUGAAAACGGAAACGAAAAUGAAAAUGAAAAUGAAAAUGUAAACGGAGACGAUAAAAGUAUAAACAUUAGCAAAUUAGACCGUAUACGACAAUUAGCACGAGAUAACGAAUAUCUAAACGAACUAUUAAGACAAAAGAAACAACUGAACCAGGAAUUGGCUCGAGUAAUUCAAGACUAUGAAAAGUUCAUAAUAGAUAUUAUCCUUCCUAAACUUCGGCAAGAAAAGUUAAUUAAAUCAUCCUCUGGAGAUGUUUCAAUAAAGAAAAUGAUGGAUGAGAAAUUUUCUAAAAUUGAUAUAAUCUAUAAACGGUACAAUGGUAUAAUAAUGAAGCUCGUAUCGAUAAAUAACGUAUUAAAUGAUUUAAUUUCAGUAUUAAAUCAUCAGGACAAUCACACUCAUUUCAUAAGUUAUCAAUUAGAAGUGUUGAAAAGUCUCAAGAGAGAUAUAAGUCAAUUUCAGUAUGCACCGGAAUAA